AUGUCCUCUCAGCCACUACCCGCGAGGAUACAAAAGUGGCUGCGCCGCACCAUAAAGGGUUCAACCUUCGACAGCUUCUUGAUUCUGCGCUUGCCCUCGCUCCUCACCAUGGCCAGUCAACGAGUCAGUGCAGAUUUGAUGCUCGAUAUCGCUGAUCACUGCGACCGAGCGACACUGAGUACCUUGAUGCAGACGAACAAGGGUAUCAAGGAACUUAUAUCAGGCAAGGAACGCAGCAUAGUCAUCGCCAAAUUGAAGAUGUUCCUGAUGCCACCUUUGGGCGAGGUUCUGUCGUCUGAGGACGAGAGGCGAUGCCGAAUCGUGGGAAAGUACUCUUUUGCCACCAUUCAGGAGCUGGACUUGCGCGAGCGGCGGAUGGUUUCUAUCCUCGAGAACAGCGGGUUCCUCCUUACCGAUGAUGGCAAGAAACUCGGUCUGCCUGGUUGUUCUCUCGUGAAGUUCAAGGCUGGCCUCAAGCGCGCUCUCUACAUGGCCGACCGUUUCAGCGACCUGGAGACGCAGCCAGAAGUCCUGCACGUCCAGGAUCAGUUGAUCAGGCGGCUGUGCUCAUUGCAAUCCGGCAGUGGCAGUAUCGGCAGCGUCAUCGACGAGAUUGAUCUUGAUAAGAUCGAGGCAUUCGGCGAGGAGGCCCAGGCGCAACACUCGGCUAUUACGGUCCACCGAAACCUUCAAUUCGAGAUGAUUCGUGGACUUGAGACGAUCGAUAUCGCCUGGCUCCUCACCCUGGGCGAGGGAGCGAUGAAGGGCUGUACGCGGUAUUAUGAAAGGAUGUUUGAGUCGGACCCUGCGGGAACCCACUACAAGGUAGUAGCCUUUAAGGAAGAGCUGUUGCGCAAGGGUUCCUUCAUGCUUUGGGCGUUCGUGCGCGGCGGGGGUCCAUUGGCCGCCUUCGCCAAGACGUCCAUGAGACAGACUGGCGAGGAGAUCAUGGGCUUCGAGAUCGGCCACCACCACAACUGUGGGCUGUCUUCGAUGCUCCACCAGGAGAUGAGACGGCGGGUUCUCGUGGAACUCCAGCGCAGGGACCCUCUCCUUAUCGACGAGGAAGACGACGAAGACGGAUGGGAUGAGCUCCCUCCCUCGAGAGUCAUGGAGGAGGCGCACCGCAUGAUCGGCAAGCAGAUCGGCUGCCAGAGUUGGUGCGGAUACAGCAGCAUUGUGUAUCCCCCUGUGGAGUGA